UUAUACCUAUAAGAAAGCCGCGGGGCCGAUGACGAGUCUCUUUGUCGUGAUGCGAUCGUUUGCGAGGUCGUCGGCGUCGCCGAUCGGAGAGUCGCUCUCGGCGCGUCGACCGAGUGCAGCAGCAAUAAGAAUGAAGAGCAGCGAGGACGAGGAGGCGUCGUCGGCCCAGCUUGCGGCUGCUCUGGCCCAGGUCGACGUGGAGAGGCUGCCGCCGCGGCUCGUCGUGACCGGCGAGCGCAGACCGCGCUGGAACGCGCGCAACGUCACGCCCGUGUCGCCGCAUCAGCUGAUCGACGGCAGAAUCAUCAGGAGCGCUUUGCUGCUCAACCGGCGCAAGAAGAAGAAGAGAGCGCUCAGGUUCCCCGACGACGAGGUCGCCGGUGCCCUCGAGCCCGAGAACCCCUGGAAGUUUCGUAAGGAUCUCAAGCGAGACGCGGUGAUAGCGGCUUACAAGGAAGCUUGCGCGAAGCACAAAGCUUCCGUCCAUCAGAACAUCAUCUACCAGCUGAAGUCUACCAACAACAUUGACGACCGCUGCGAGGAGCUGAAUUUCACAGAGAUAAGUCUCUGGCCCAACGACUGCGAGGCCUUGGAGGAGAUCUUCCGGAGAAUCUUGUUCCACAAGAUCAACCUCGACGGCGCGAUCGUCGACGACUCGAGCGCAGAGAUCCUGUGCCAAAUCUUCGAAUUCUACGAGUCGGUCACGCACCUCGACAUCUCGAACAACCACACGAUCGGCACCUACGGAUGGCAGGCCUGCAGUCGAAUGCUGAGAAAAACCCUGUCGCUGAAGCGCCUCGACGCCUGUAACGUUCGGCUGAACGAGGAGUACAUGACGAUUCUGACUCGGGGCCUGAGAUACGCCUACCUCUACAUCCUCAGAUUCGACUCCUGCAGACUGUCCGGUCGACUCAUGGAACUGUUGGUCGUAGCAUUGAAGUUCAACAUGGCCCUGAGACAGCUGUACAUCUGCAACAAUCAGCUGCAGGGGUCGGAUUGCGUGCAGAUACAGACCCUCUUGAAGUUCAACAGUCGGCUCUCGUACCUCGACCUGAGCGACAAUCUCAUCGACGACGACAGCCUGUACUUCGUGGUCAACGGCCUCACUCACCAACUGCAUUUCGGCAGAUUCAGCAAGUCGAAAAAGGGCCUGGAGAGCCUGAUACUCUGGAACAACCGGCUGACCAGACGAUCGGCCAGCCACCUUAACGCCGCCAUUGUAGAGGGAGUCCAGGACUUUGAAGUAUCUGAACGUGGGCUCGAACGUCCUCAUGGAUGACACCAUUAUGGACAUCAGGGAUUCGCUGAUGGAGAACAAGAGGCUCGUACGACUGGACCUCAGGUCCUGCGAGAUCUCGUGCUUCGGACUCUCGGAGCUGGCUCGGGCUUUGAAGGACAACGAUGUCCUGCAGUCGAUGGACGUGCGGAACAAUCCGAUUUACAAACUGGGAGUUCAAUCCAUCGUCGACGCUCUGGACACGAACAAGCACCUGAUUGAAUUUAACAUCGACGAAAAAUCGAAAAUGAAAUCGUCGAGUAAAAUAAAGAUCAAGUACAGCGAGUUGGUGAAGCGAGUGCAGGCCCUCUGCGAGAGGAACAAAGCGCUCAUGAAGGAAGAAGGAAGCGAGGGGAGUACAGAGGAAGACGACGACAGUGACGAAAAGGAUGAUUCGAUGUUUGGGGAGGAUGAUCUCGACAAUCUGGACGAACCUCAGGAGGAGCUUCCUGACGAAUUCAAGCGCUACAUGACCUGGAAGAUAUAGAUCUGUCACGAUUGCAAAAUUACGAUUCGAAAAAUUCACGUGAACGUCAAAUCGAGGGAAAAGAAAAUUUAGAAUGAAAGUUUAGCCAAGAAUACUCUGAUAAAAGCAAUAAUUAAUUACUUUUUAGUAUUAAAAUGCCAUACAAAUUAAGUAUUACUAUUACUGUAGUCUUAGCUUUUAAUAAAAAAAAAA